AAGGCAUGCCGGGACCAGUUCCUUUCCAAGAUGGCGGCUGCAGUAGGUGUAGGGAUCUUUAUCGCUCUCACAGCUGUCCUCUUUAACUUUUCGGUUCACAAAGUCGAAGAAGGUCAUAUUGCGGUAUAUUAUAGGGGUGGCGCUCUUCUGGCCAGCACUAACGGCCCUGGCUAUCAUAUCAUGAUUCCAUUCAUCACUUCCUUCCGUUCUGUCCAGUCAACACUACAAACCGAUGAAGUAAAAAAUGUACCAUGUGGGACCAGUGGUGGGGUCAUGAUAUAUUUUGACAGGAUAGAAGUUGUCAAUAUUUUGAACCGAGACCAUGUAUAUGAGAUAGUAAAGAACUAUACUGCGGAUUACGACAAGGCACUUAUCUUUAACAAAGUUCACCAUGAACUUAACCAGUUUUGCAGUGUACAUACUCUACAAGAGGUAUACAUCGAUUUGUUUGAUCAAAUUGAUGAAAAUCUUAAGACAGCACUUCAAAGUGAUCUGGUGAAGAUGGCUCCAGGACUUACCGUUCAUGCUGUCCGUGUAACAAAGCCCAAGAUUCCAGAGACCAUACGGCGAAACUAUGAGAUAAUGGAAGGAGAGAAAACCAAACUGUUGAUCGCGAAUCAGAAGCAAAGGGUGAUAGAGAAAGAGGCAGAGACGGAGCGUAAAAAGGCUAUUAUUGAGGCCGAGAAACAAUCUCAGGUAUCCAAGAUACAAUACCAGCAGAAGAUUAUGGAAAAAGAAAGCAUGAAGAAGAUGUCAGUCAUCGACGAUGAGACGCAUCUCGCGCGAAUGAAAGCAAGAGCAGACGCUGACUUUUACAUCGCCCAGAAGACUGCUGAGUCCAACAAGAUCAAACUAAGCAAAGAGUUUCUGGAGUUGGAAAAAUACAAAGCCAUCGCGACCAACACGAAGGUGUACUUUGGUCCAAGUAUACCUAGCGUCUUCCUAGACUCCGACAGCGUAUCCAAGAUCACUAAGUCCAACAAGAAAUAACAUGGUUACACUGCCAUCCUUAAUCUAGGUUCUAAAGUAUUUUAAAUGGAAGAUCACGAAACAAAAACACGUGACCCAUCUUGUGUGGCUCUAGCCAAUCAACGAUCAAGAAAGAAAUUCGUGUCUUUAAAUGGUUGCGCGGUCAAUCAACGGUCUAGAGAGUCGUGUUUAAAUAUAGUUGUCUGGCCAAUCAGUGAUGAAAAGUGGGUCACGAGUCUAUAUAUAGUUGCGUGGCAAUCAACAAUCAAAAGAGAGUCACGUGUCUUGUUAUGGUUGCGUGGCCAAUUAACGAUCAAGAGAGUCACGUGUCUGCAUAUUGAAAAUUUGUUCAGAUUUUGUAAGCACAUGUCAACCGCACAUAAGUUACUUUUUUUAAACAAAUUACGAGAUAAAGUGUUAAAAUGGACAGUCAAAAAUCAAAGUUUUGUAAAUCAUUCGUCAAAUUCAUUCGGAAAUAUCCACGGCAUUUUUCCGAAAUAAACCGAUGGAAAUGGA